GAGGCCCGGGGUCUCUGGGCGGAAGCGGGACCACCCCUCCAGGGAAGCGAGGCGUUGGACUAGCCGCGGUGCGCCCUCUCCUGCUGCUUCUCAGCGGUCCGCGCCCCCGGCCCCGCCUACUCUCGCGUCUUCCACUGGAUCUCUGUAGCCCCUGGAUCUCAGUCGCCCGCGUUGCAGAGGGUCGCGCCACAACCUGCGGGUGGGGGAGCUAGCGACGGGAACCGCGCCGGAAGCUGGGAGCGGAGGCUGAGUCCGGGAUGGCGAACCAGGUGCCCAUCGCCUUCCAGGACCUGGCCGUGCGGUUCUCGGAGGAGGAGUGGCAGCUGCUGGGGGAGGGGCAGCGGGAGCUGUACCGGGACGUGAUGCAGGAGAACUACGAGGCGCUGGUCUCCCUGGGGACCGCGGAGCUGGCCCCCCUCUCUGCCUUCCUGUCUCCCUCGGAGCCUGGCGGAGCCAGGAGCAGCAGCAAAGUGGGUGAGGGACAGGCGUCUCCAGGGGGAGGUGCCCUAGGAGGAGCACCCCAGCACAGCCUGCACCUCACCGCGCUGGUGCAGCUGGUGAAGGAGAUCCCGGGGUUCCUGUUCGGGGAAGUCGGCUCUGAGAGCGGGGGAGCCAGCCCGGACGGGGAGCGGCCGGGCCCCGAGGCAGCCGGCACCAUGGAGACUUGUCCUCUCCGAGGCCUGCUCAGCUGCCUUCCAGACCCGCCCCUCGGCCGGCCCAGUCUGGCCAGCACGCCCAGCAGCAGCUCAUCGUCCAGCGGGUCACCCGGAGCCAGGGGGCAGGGAAGUCCCCUCCCCAUCAAAGCUGCAGACACACCGGGGCCUGCAGAGCAGGGAAGCCCCGGAGCCCCAGGCGGGGAGCGCAGCCCUCCCACCCGCAGCCCAGGCAGAAGGAAGAGCCACAGGAAACAGCAGAGGGAGACUUCGGGGGCAGGUCCCGCAGUGACCUCUCCUGGGAACAGCCCCUUGCAAGGCCUCAUCAACUGCCUGAAGGAAAUCCUUGUGCCUGGGCCCCAGCAGCCCGAGGCAGCCCUGCACUUGCCUCCUGGCCGUGGCCCUGGCCUGGCCCAGCUAAGCGGGGUGGGGCUGGGGCCCGGGAGCCGGCCUGGCAGCGGAGUGAAGACGGAGGCGGGGUCCGGAGGUUGUCCCCUCCAGGGUCUGCUGAACUGCCUGAAGGAGAUCCCGGUGGCCCAGGACGCACACCCCAGCCCUUCAGGAGUGGGGGACCCACGGCUGCUGGAGGAUUCAGGGGCCUGGAAGAGGACUUCUGGAGGGCCCAGACCCCUGCAGACCCCUCCUCCCUGCCCUGGUGCUGGCCGAGUGCUCUCCGUGAAGAUGGAGCACAGCUGGGCCCAGAGCCCCCCAGCGCCUGCGUCCUGUCAGCUUCGCAAGCUGCCCCACAGCCCCUGUGCCACUGGCAGCCAGGGGGGCGACGGAGGCACCAGCAGCGUCCGAGCGCCCAGCUGGGGCCCCGCAGCUCAAGCCAGCAGUGCCUCGAGCUCGCCCCUGGAAGCCCUGGAGGCCUGUCUGAAGGGCAUUCCCCUGAGUGGGUCGUUGCCUCCCCAGCCGCCGGCCUCCUCUUGGUUCCGGAGCCCCCAGCUGGGAGACGCCGGGUCUCCGAGGCCCGAGCUGCAGCCCCGAGGACCGCACAGUCAAGAAGCAACGGCGGGGCCUCUUCUGGCUCUGGGCCUGCAGGGCCUCAUCAGGGAUGGCCCUGCCCGCCCCCCGGGGCCCCACAGCACCCCGACCAGCUGCUCCUCGUCCAGCAGUACUGACGGGGACCUCGAUUUCCAGAGCCCCGACAGCAGCCGGGGGCGCAGGCCUGGAAAAGGGAUCCCAGUCGGAAGUGCCCCCCUCCAGGGCCUGGAGAAUUGUCUCAGAGAGAUACCUGUGCCCAGGUCACAGCCUGCCUGGUCCUGGUCCUCGGUGGGGGACAGAGAACCCCAGAGAAUGGAGCCCAAGAGCUGGACGGCCGACAAGGAAGGACUUCGAAUCGAGGCCUGCGAGCCAGUCCACCUCAGGGGGGACGCACCCCCCAGGAGCCCGUGGCCGGCCAGCCCUCAGGCCCUCUCCUCCAGCAGCGUCCCUGCCUGCUGCCAGCAAGGGCUCAGAGACCAUGGGGCCGCCCGGCCAGGACCCUGGAGGUGGCUCCACCACGGCAGGAGCCCCUCCUCCCUGUCGGGCUGGUCCACAGAAGGGUCUCUUGUCACUUGCCCAGGGGCAGCUACCACGCCCUCCCCACUUCACUGCCUGGAGAACUCUCUGAAGGGGAUCCUGCCCGGGCGGCCCCUGCGCUUCGCCUGCUUGGCCGGCCCCGGCCCCAUCCCCAUCCCCAGCCCCAGCACCGGCUCCAGCUGCAGCUCCAGCUUUAGCAGCUCGGAAGGAGAAGACCCAAGGCUGGAGCCUGAGCUCUGGCCGCCGCUCCUGCAGGAGAGGGACCCUCUUCCCAGCAGCAAGAGCCCCGGCGAAAGCCCGAGGACCGCAGAGCCCAGGGAGCGCUUUGGUCUCAGUGCAGGGCCGGCUGCGAGCCUCUGCCCUGCCCCUCGGCCGGAGAAGAGGCCCGGGCCCGGGCCAGGGCCCUGCCCACCUCCAGGCUCAGCCCCUCAGCCCCCGUCCCGAAAGCCCAGGGUUAGCGAAGAAUCCGGAAGCCCAGGGCCUGGACACAGAGGACCCAGCGCUGCAGCCCGGACCGCAGGGAGGCCGCUUCCCAGAGGCCUGCCUGAGCCGCCCCCCACGGCCACCGUGGUAUCCCCUGCUUUGCCACCUGCCUCCCCACGGCCACCGUGUCCCUGUGGGAGUUCCCUUCGGCAGGAGCUCCGCAGCCUCAGUGCCGCCCUCUCAGAGAAGCUGGAUCGGCUCGCCACGGCUCUGGCAGGCCUGUCUCAGGAAGUGGCCACAGUGAGGACUCAAGUGGAUCGGCUGGGGAGGCGCCCGCGGGGCCCCGGGCCGAAGAGCCAGGCUUCCUGGCCGUGGGCCCUUCCCCGGGGACCUCACUGGGCUCAGGGCCCUGCUCGCCGGCACCUGCUGUACCGGAGGCAGAAGGGCCCCACCAGGCCCAAGCCAAAGAUCCUGCGAGGCCAGGCAGAAGGUUGCAGGGCUGGCGACAUUUCAGGCCUCUCCCAGGGGACCCUGCACCUGGUGCCUCAGCUGCCUCCAGACGCCCCCCAGGCAGAACCUUCUGGAACCGGCUCCAGCCCUUCCCAGCAUCCGCCAUCCUCAGCGUGCAGCCGUGCUGGGCUCUCUGUGCACCCCCAACGCAGACACACAGGGGGCCCCCAGAACCCCCCUGCCCCUUCUGUGCCUGCUGCCUUCCCUCCCCAGAUGGCCUCUCCUGCCUCCUGUGCAGACGCAGAGCCACCGGCCGCAGCAGCUGUGCCACCGGGGACCCAGAACUGGCCCAAGGACCCGAAUGGCCUGUUAGCAGGGGUCCAGAGGGCCCUCAAGGAGGAACUGUGGGGUGGAGGACUUAGGGACCCGAGGUGGAUGGCCGCUAACCGUCUUCUUCAUCAGCUCAGCCCUGAGGGCGCCCUGUCCCCAGUUGCCUCUCCCAGGGGCCAGCCAGCCUCCACCUGCCGCUCCAACCAAGCCUUCCCCAUUUCCGGGCUGUGAACAACUGGGCGUCCCUCUUGGCCUGACUGCCCUCGACUCCAAGAUGUGUUUGCUCAGUGGGGCUGCCACUCGGGUUGCGUUCCUCAGCCACACCUCUGCCCCAUUCGGCUCAGACUCAUUCAGAUGUUGCUUCUGUCCCGUCUUUGCCGCCAGACUCAGAGGCCGGUGGUGGUGUACACGCCUGUGCACGGCACUCAUGCCCAGGGGCGCCGUGAGGACCCAUCUUCCCAACACCCAACCUUCCUGCUCUCGGCGCUGGGAAGGCAGUGGCUCUCACCCUCCUGGUGGACACAGGCAGAGAUUUCCCUUGGGGAACACUCCACUCCUUGGUCUAAGUUGGAUUCGCCCAUACGGAUCCUAAAAACUGCAAAGGUGUUUGCUAAGGGAAGGGCCCUUGGCCAAAAGGGACUUGGCGAGUCCACACCAGGGCGUGGCUGAUCGGUCACCAGUCCUGGGACAAGCUGGCGUGGCAGGCAAGGACACUUGGGGCCAGUCCAGUCCAGGUGGUCCAGAUUUAAUCAGCCUAUAGGGAGUUCUUUUUUUCUUUCUUUUUUUUUUUUAAGAAUGUAAGUUGUAAAAUGAGUGGUAAGACGCUUCAUGAACAGCAGCCACACUCAUCCCAUAGGUCCGGGGCCACUUGAACCAAAAAUGUUCACGGUUGUUGAAAGCCUUCCAGAAUCACUAGGGUGAGGCGUCUGUGCGGUUUAGGGCUUUGGGGCGGUGUCCCACACUUUCAGCCACUGUAUGAGGAAACGCCACUUUGCUGGGAAAAAUGGGGGCCUUUGUGAACUCAGGAAUUCCAGGGGGCUGGAGGGGCAGGGCAGAGAAGGCGCUACCUCUGCCUGUCACCAUCCUGGCAGGUAGCCCGAGGACAGUCCCUGGCCGGCCUGGGCACGGGCCUUCCCUCUAUCCACACUCCAUCGGCCACCUGCCAGCCAGAGGCCAUUGCAAGCAGCCAAGGGAAGGUCCCAUUUCCAUCUGUCAGAAUCAGAGCAGGGUCCCAUGGGCUCCAGGCCACUGCUAAGGCCUCCAGUGGAAGGGAGUCCACAAUGGGGUCGGUGUCUGUGGCACCCCAAGGCGUCACAGCUGCCUCCAAAAGGAGUCGGCUCGUUGACUUGAGUCACCUUUCUGUGCCGGGGAUCAGACGUGGCUUCUGUCAACAGCCUGUAGUUGGGUUUUAUUCGUUAAUCCAGCCUGACAAGACUUUUUCUUCCUUCCUGGGAGCUCUGGGUCCAUUUACAUGUAAUAAAAUUACUGACUUGUUUGGA